AAUCAUGUCCGGGGGCAAUGUUAAAGUGCAAUAUGACAAGCUGGAGGAGGCAGUGCAGGUCCAUCAGAAGGCACUGGACGAUCUGGUGACCGUGAACUCGCUCUUCACCGCCGCCGUCUUCGUCGGCCUGGCAUUUGCGAACCCUGGAAAACAGAUCAUAGAGGGCGCCGAGCAGUGUGAAGCGGGAAAUCACGUGGCGAGGAGGCUGGUCAAGAACGAGGUGAUAUCGUUCGCCUGCUAUCUCUUGUCCAGCCUCGUGGCCAAAGCCCUCAAGACUCACCUCUUCACCUACCUCAUCGACCCGCCCCUCGCCGGGGACAUCAAGGACAAGUGGAGCAAGGUGCUGAGAGGGUCCUUGUUCGCUCUCUCCACAUCAGCCUCCAUCGUCGGCGGCGUGUUUCUCUUGAUUUCCAUGGUCGACAUGAUUCAGCUCCGGCUCGGCAAGAUCAUUUGCGGAGGCACCCAGGCGGUCCAUGCUUUCGGCGCCCUGGUCGCAGUCAACAUCCUCGCGCUGGUCAUCUACGUUCCCUUCGUGGGGGACACCAUCUAUAGAUCCACCAUGAUGUUCGACAACCUAACCUAAUAAAACGGGGCUCUUCCGAACCAUCGGCAGGUGCAAAGUUCCAAGUUUGUUGCUGUGUCUUUACUUACAUAACUAGCUGGGAGACGAGUGUUUGAAUAAAAGGGGCAGCUUUCUUUGCUUCCCGUGGUGGGUGUGAGUCCAAAAUAUGUUAUUUGUGUUCA